AGGCGUGCGGUUGUGUUAUUAGUUCACAAAAUUAACGGUAACGUUUUAACGUGUUUAUUAAUAAUAAAAAGUUAUUAACAUCAUUAAAAGUGCUUAAAAAAACCUAUUUUAUAUAUAAAAAUAACAAAAUUUUCCAAAAAAUAAAUUUAUACAAAAAAAAAUUUAAAUGUUGUGCACAGUUUUUCUUUAAUUUAAAUGUUUGUUAAAAAUAUGGAUACUACUCUAUCGUCAUCAUUGAAUGGUGGUGAUUUAGAUUCUACUAGUUCCGGCGGUGCCUCUUCAGAUAAUUCUACUGUUAAUCAGGAUAAUAUGCAUUCACCUAUAUCUUACGGUUCAUUAUUUCUACCAAAUUCGGGUUAUCGUGGUAAUAUCUCCUGUAAAACUGUCUUACAUUUGGAUAAAUUUUCCCCCUAUGCUACAGACAAGGAAUUGGAUCGUAGAUUUCAUGAUAUAACUAAUGAUUACGAUAAAUCCCCGCCUCCCACAGCCACCGCUUCACCCAUUUAUCCCAGUUUAAAUGGUAUAAUUUUCGAUAGCGGUGUAGGAGUGGGCUCGCUGCCAAGUGAUCUCAAUGGUAAUACCAAAAAUUUAAACAGUAAUAAUAGCAGUAAUAUGAAUAUCGGCGGUUCAAUGCCCCUAACAAAUGCUCAGCAUUCGGUAACCGAUGCUUUGGGUAAUUUAAAUCGUUCUACAUCAGGUUUAAAUGGCUCCGGGUUAUUGUCAAAUAUAACGGGAGCUCAUAAUAAUGCUGGAAAUAUACAAAUGAAUCGUAAAUUUUUACAAUUUACCACAGAUCAGAUACAAUGCAUGUGUGAGGCGUUGCAACAAAAAGGUGACAUCGAUAAACUCACCACUUUUCUGUGCAAUCUACCCGACUCGGAGCUAUUCAAAAACAACGAAAGUAUUUUACGUGCACGCGCCAAUGUAGCCUAUCAUCGCGGUCAAUUUCACGAGCUCUACCAUUUAUUAGAAUCUCAUUGUUUCUCUGCCAAAUAUCAUGCUGAUUUACAAGAUCUUUGGUUUAAAGCUCACUACAAAGAGGCUGAAAAUGUCAGAGGUCGCCCACUGGGCGCUGUUGAUAAAUAUCGUUUACGCAAGAAAUACCAGCUACCGAAAACGAUUUGGGAUGGUGAGGAAACGGUAUAUUGUUUUAAGGAGAAAAGUCGUAAUGCUUUAAAGGAUUGCUAUCAGACAAAUCGUUAUCCUACGCCGGAUGAAAAGAAAACUUUGGCCAAGCGAACAGGCUUGACACUGACACAAGUCUCGAAUUGGUUUAAAAAUCGACGGCAGAGGGAUAGAACGCCGCAACAGAGACCGUAAGUAGUAGAAGUUUAA